UUUUGGUCAAUACAGGUGCCUUCGUUUUCAUUCGUACUCAAGCUUGCUCUCCUACUAGUGGCUCAGCUCAUAAAUCUUGUUCGGAAGGAGCCUAGGGAAAUGCAGAGCGCGACAUCGGAUAACGGCCAAACGUGCUCAAUCUUUCAAAUAAACCUCGUUAUCUUCAUUGCGCUAUCAACCCCGCCCAAGGGAGAAGGGAGCUCUCCAGGAGAAAGCGCGCGCUUACAAGCGGGACAGCCUAUUGGCUGAUGCCUUUGUCCAUGGGCGUAUCGGAGUGGCUUUUGUCUCCUUUGGACUUCGGCUCAGUACGUAACCGAUUGUUUUAUCCGCGGCUGCUUAAACUAGAAAUGUGAUAGGUUCCUUCCGGACGUCAAUUAAAUGAUUCGCUCCUCCUCAUACUUUUUUAAACGCAACUCGUCGCUCGGACGGGAAAGAUGAUUGGCUUUGGGAUCUAUCAUUCAGUAAUAACGUAAGAAGGCAAUGGCGGACGGUUGUUGGCUCAGUCGGUACUCCAGGAAAAGAGGUGUGUCUCGCGCUGCCACGGAAGGCGGGCCCUUUGGCGUUUCCUUUGUGUGUGGGCAGCAGUGGCUGGCUGCGAGCGCGCCUGAGGAGGAGUAGAAAUCGCAGACGCCAUUUUGUACGUUUUCUUUCCCCACCCCCUUUCCCCGUUCUCUGCCGGUGGAUCUGGCCCGACCUGUCCCACGACGAAGAUUGCUUCGUAGCCUCUGUCGAUUUUUAUCCGGCGGCAGCUGCCCCCUACCGGCGGCAGCAGCAGCGAGGAGGAGGAGGAGGCGUGUGACGGCCGCGGCUCCGGCAUGGAAAACUCCCAGCUUUGUAAGCUGUUCAUUGGCGGCCUGAAUGUGCAGACGACGGAAGCUGGGCUGCGAGAAUACUUCGAGGCCUACGGGACCCUAACCGACUGUGUGGUUGUGCUCAACCCGCAAACCAAGCGCUCCCGAUGCUUCGGUUUUGUCACAUACUCGGCUGUGGAAGAAGCCGAUGCCGCCAUGGCUGCCUCGCCGCACGCUGUCGAUGGCAACGUGGUUGAGCUGAAGCGGGCCGUUUCCCGCGAGGAUUCCGCCCGGCCCGGCGCCCACGCGAAAGUGAAGAAACUCUUCGUCGGAGGCCUCAAGGGGGACUUGGGGGAGAACGAUCUAGUGGAGCAUUUCAGUCAGUUCGGCCCUGUGGAGAAGGCCGAGAUCAUCUCCAACAAGCAGAGCGGCAAGAAGCGGGGCUUCGGCUUCGUCUACUUUCAGAAUCACGACGCCGCUGACAAGGCGGCCGUGGUCAAAUUUCACCCCAUCCAGGGCCACCGGGUGGAGGUUAAGAAGGCCGUGCCGAGAGAAGACAUCCAAGCAGGAGGCGGCGGUUCUUCCAGGUCGAGUUGGGGCGGACGGGGAAGAGGAAGGGGCGGAGGUGCCGGCAACCGGGACCACAACGGUCUCUCCAAAGGAGGCGGCGGCGGCUAUAACAGUUACGGAGGCUACGGAGGAGGAGGCGGCGGCGGCGGCGGUGGUGGAGGCUACGGCUCGUACGGUGGCGGCUCUUACGGCGGAGGUGGCAGCGGCGGCGACUAUGGCAAUGGGUACGGCGGCUUCGGCAGCUACAGCCAGCACCAGUCGUCCUAUGGCCCUAUGAAGAGCGGCGGUGCGGGUGGCGGCGGUGGCGGCAGCUGGGGCCCCCGCAGUAACAGUGGACCAUACAGAGGCGGUUAUGGCGGGGGAGGUUAUGGAGGCGGCUCUUUCUAAGCGGGAAUUCCCACCGAUCCUUCUGGGGGACGUUAGUUUUGUCUGCAUGGAGUAUGCUCUCCGUUUGUACCAGGCCAGGCUUUCAAUACUUCCCCUACACUUCGCCUAAAGGCACCUUCAUACAAAAAGGUUCCAGUGAUGCGAAGCAGAUCUCGAAUGUUCCUGGUGGGGUCGCUCUGCUGCCUGUGUCACUUUCUUGAAGAUGUACUGGGUCUUUUCACACAACGAUUUUGUGUUAGUCAUUGAUGGACUCUAUUUUUUUAUUGCUUGGACAUUAGUCGUUUUUUAUACUAGGAACAAGAUAUUGUUUUAAUUUUGGUUUAUUUGGGGUUGGGAGGGAAAGUCAUGAUUCUGAAGUAAAACUUGGGAGGGAAAGGGAAUUAACUUUGUAAGGACUUGGAAUAUCUACACAUUUUUUUCUACAAUGAUUCCAUGGCUGUAAAAGGGGUUAAAUCGUUUUUACAUUUUUAUUUUUUAAAUAAAUCAUUGUGUUCAUUGACCUUUACAUGUCUUUUUUCCUAGGGUUCAUUCCGUAUAUUUCAAACAAAAGUUUUUUAAGCCAGUAAAAAUUACUGAUGCUUGAAUAGCUUAGGUGUAUUAAAAAAAAUUGCUUUAUUUCAAGUAUAGAGCCCAGCUCUUGCUGCCUCACUACAUUGGUUUUCUUACUGGUAAAGAGUUUGUGCCAGUUUUUGAAAUAUGUUGGUGGAUGAAGUUGGUUAAAAUACCUUAUUCUUCAUCCACAGUUUUGCAGUUGGGCAUUUGCCUUGCAAACACAGUUGGUCUGUUCUUUUAUAUAGGGAGUUAUUCAUAAAAAUGUUCUAACACAUUUAAAGCAUGUGCUUUUUUAUAUAUACAUGUUCAAAAUGUCAGAUUUCUUAGUUUCACAUUGUGUUAUUUAUUGGCUUGUCUGUAACAAUCCAUUUUUAAAGAGGUGAAUGAUUUCCCUUAUAAAUAUUUUGUUUGCAUAGUGAAGUCAUUUCAAUUGGAUACUAUCUUAAUUGUUCUUAUUAAAAAGCCAAGUAUUAAAUAGAGUGCCAUCUGCUGGCAGACUAGUUGACUUUUGUGUAAGUUUUAUUAAAAAAAUUGGCUCUCAGAAUUGUAGACCAUUAGAUCUUUAGAUUGCAAGGAUUAAAUUAACAUGCCAAUAAAAUAUAUUGGCUGAAAUGAAAUACUAAAAUAUAAAAAAGUAAAAUUAUUGAUUGACCAAUUUAAGUAUUCAAUUUUUAAAAUUUGUGCUCAGUGAACAAUGAGCCAGUAACUUAGGCCAAUUGUAAAUCAAAAUUUCUGUAGUCUGCUUGAUGUAUUUGUAGCCCUUUCACAUAGUAGAAUUAACGUUUGUUGUUCUAUUAACAAUGUUCUAGACAGAAACUGACUUCCUGAAUAGAAAUAUAGAAUAGUUAUGAAUAUUGCAAAUAAAAAAUUGAAUUCUUCACAUGCUUCAGUGAGUAUGUAUGAAAUGAUUAAAAUAUUGACUUUUUAUUAGAAUUUCAACCAAAGUAUUUUACUUGAGCUGCUUUAUAUUUCAACAUUUGCUAAAUCAAAAUUUUACAUAGAACUGAGGUGUUAAAGUCAAAACUAAGUUAUAUUUAAAAGUUUAUUUGACCCAGUAGAUUUUAUUAAAUAAGGUUUGAUAAUUUUUAGUAGGUGAUAGUUAUGGUUGAAGAUAGGAGCUAGCUACUGAAUGUCCUGAUGUGUCUUUGAAUACACAUUUUUAGUGUCAUUUACUCUGGAAGGUCAGUUAUAUUAAAUUGAAACAACAAUAAAUUGGCUUACUUUAUUUGA